AUGGCUCCGUCUCGAAUCAACGUUGACACGAUGCCGGAAAGUCAGCCCGAGGCUGUUACCAAACUUUCCAACGAUGCUAGCAUAUUGAAGGACCUAAUGGAGGAGGAACUACGCAAUUACAAAUCGCAAAGGGGGACAAUACGGCGCAUCCCGUCGUACUGGAAAUCAUCACAUCGAGGGGAAUAUUACCCUCGAACAAGAAAAGAUCGACAUGACAACGCUGUUUCUUGGGAAUGCGACUCUGAAACCGGAUGUCAUGCACGAACGGAUGUUGAUCGAGACAAUCGACAGUCCGUUAGAACGCCUACAAAAUCCAAUGGACAGCAGAUGCCUCUCUUGGUAGAUGACGAUGAGCCGGACACCACUUCAGACAACCAAGAUGAUGGCCACGAAGAUCCGGAAUUUGACGAGGAAGAAGAAGAAGAACAAGAAGAAGACGUCUCGCUCGACAACUACGAACAACUCAAAGAACUCUAUAGGAAUUGUCAUUCCAGUUCCGGGGAAAAUCGCUAUAGUCAUCUCCUCGACUGCUCGUCCUACAACCAACAAAAUGAACAUUCACGCCCGCAUACACCCGGAUAUUAUAUAACUACAAACCCUCAAUCACGAUUCCUCAACUCCCUGAAAAGCGCAGCAGCGAACUCAAACGGCCUAAGCGAUAUGUUCCAUCGCGCCCCAGGCACAGUUACAUUGACUCUCAUGGUGCUCUUGAUUAUCGCGAUUAUGCUCGUUGAGAUGGUCGAUGUCUUUUGUUUUAGACGUCGACGGAGGUCCCGAGACAACGACGAGGAGGAACGGUUUCGCAAAAUGACGAGACGGCGGUUACGAACGAGGGCUGUUCGGAUCCCUACCGUGACGGUAUAUGAGUCGUCACCCGUUGCAUAUGAAAGCGAAAAGACCUGUUGA